CUUCCGGCGCCUACCCAGGCGGGGAUGCUGCGGCUCUGCAGCGUGCUGAGGCAGCUCCGGGCAACACCCAGUACUCGGGGCUCAGCUCGGCUUCCUCUUCGCGCUGAGAUGCCUAAGAAGGCUGGUGCGACGACCAAGGGGAAAAGCCAGAGCAAGGAACCAGAGAGACCACUUCCUCCCUUAGGUCCUGUGGCAGUUGAUCCUAAAGGUUGUGUCACCAUAACCAUCCAUGCAAAACCUGGCUCCAAACAAAAUGCUGUAACAGAUUUGACAGCAGAGGCCGUAAAUGUAGCUAUCGCAGCACCUCCAUCAGAGGGAGAGGCUAAUGCUGAGCUCUGUCGGUAUCUUUCCAAGGUCCUAGAACUCAGGAAGAGUGAUGUGGUUUUGGAUAAGCACUGAUAGUUGAAUUCCUCAGAAGCAAGAUGUUUCUCUGGCACCCGGAGGCCUCAACAGUGUCACAACAGCUGAAGUGUCACUUCUUCCUCAUCCUGGGCACACCGUGAUGUAGUGCAGCCCCACUGAUUGGGACCCAUGCAGCCAGCCUGGCCCAGGGCCGCUCUCUCCCAGAAUGUCCACAGGUCAAGGGAUCUCUACUUCCAUCCUUAUUUUCCUCAAAAGCUGGUCCCAGCAGUAAUCGACCAGACUUCUAGAAAAGAGGAGAUAUCUGCUCUCAAGGCUGCUGUGGGCUCCAGUGUUGUAAUCUACUACUUGAAUCUAGUUGUUUAUUUCAUUCUAUAAUAAUUUAAUAUAGCAGAUGUCAGGAAAAAUCUUUGUUUAGAUAUUAUGUCAUCUCUGGAUAUAUCUGAAUCCUAAAGGAUUAAUCUUAAUAUUAACAAUAUUCACUUCUGCCAGUGUCAAGAGUAUUUUCUGCUGUGGGGCUUAAAUCAGUUUUAAAAUUUGAGCGUUUUAAAAGCAUAUCUUUCUGUGUUCAUAAAUAAACAAAAUAAAAAUUCUUUGAGUACCUUAUAUAAUUUUUCACACAGAAUUAACCAAAGCCUUAUUUAAUAUUUCAAAAUCCUCAUUUAUACAUAUUAAAUAUGUGUCUUUGGUUAAAAUGCAAGAUACUGAAAGAAAAAUUCAAAUAGGCAUUUCAGUAAAUAGUUUACAUAUAAUAACUCAUUUGUCUGACAUUCACAAGUAAUGUUUCCAGCUAACUGAAGUCCAGUAAUAAUAAAGGCCACCUUAAGCUGGGAGUAUUUGUUUCCUAUAUUGCCUAAUUAAAAAAAAAUCCUUUUCACUGUAGAUAAUUGUGCUAAUUAAAAGAAGUCAACAGUCGAUGGCAUACAUUUCCAUACAUAGCCAGAUCUGUGUUUGGAUAGAAUGAAUCAAAUGAAAUAGGAGGUCUAGGAAAAUUUUUAAGGUAUAAAAAAUUGUAUUUCGGUUUGGCUUGAACUUGUUUAAAAAUAGAUAAUGUUUUUUUAAAAAAUUACAUUUAGGAAACAAGUGUAGUUCUUUUAUGAGAGUUCAAAAUUAGUGCUGUCAAUAACCUUCAGGGCAAAUGAUCAUUUCCUUCAAUUUUAACAUUCUAAACUUAAAACUGAUAUUUCAUUACUCUUAAUUCUAUCAUAAAGUCCUGUAUUUUUCUUUAGGUGAAUAAAAUACAAGGGGUAAUUACAUAUUUGUCUGUUGAGCAUUAUAAGGAAAGUGGCUUUGGGAACAAAAACCAUGCUAGAAAUCUCCCCAGAUGUCUUUUUCCUAUGUGGUUUCGGGAACCCCAAAACUAUUCUCAGAGCAGUGACUCAAGUUUAUUACAUUCUGUGUAACCCCAAGUCCACCUAGCACUCAAAAACAAAACACAAACAAAAAACUCUAAGAGUCCCCAGCAUCCUGUUCUCAAAAGGACAUUAAUCUGAUGUGUUCAAUAAUUAAUAUUUGACAUUCUAAAUUCACUAGCAAUUUUCAAAUGUCAAAUGCUAUAAUUUUAUUUUAAUUUAUGUAUUUAUUUAUGUUUG